AUGGCACAAAGAGUCUACUUUCUCGUCCACGGUCGAGUUCAAGGCGUGAGCUACCGCUAUUUUGCGCAGAAGAAAGCAGUAGAACACAGUAUUACCGGGUGGUGUCGAAAUACAGACCAUGGGAAGGUUGAAGGCGAGGCCCAAGGACACGAGGAUUCUAUCACAUCAUUCCUAAAGGAACUCGAUAAAGGCCCAAGGGGUGCCCACGUUGUCAAGUUAGACAAGGAACCCCGAGACGUACAGGAAGGGGAGGCACAUUUCGAGGUACGAAGAUAG